AUGUCCGGCCUCGACCCACAUGCGUCCUCUCAGCCAAGUCAACAGACUGGCUUGAAUCAAGGCCAAAACCCUGCUUCAAAGACUUCUCAGGAACAGUCCGCCGCACGAGACACUUCCUCCGCCCAAUCCAAAGUCAUUGAUCACCGCUCUGCCCAUGAUGUUCCUUCUGAACACGGCCAAGCCGCACAACCAAGCUCCCUAGCGGCUGGCGAGCGUGGUGCCCUCACAGAGAAACAGAUUCCUGAGUCCGACGCACAGAACUAUUCCAAGGGUGAAAGCAAUUUAGAGGGUGAGAAGAUGCGGAUGCCAGGCGAAGGCGAGGUCGCGAGGGCGGUACGAACGGGCGGUGGUGGCGGUUUUGGCGAGGAACAGAGCCUGACACUAAAUAUGGAGAAGAAAGCGGCAGAUCAUGACCGGGAAUUGCACAGACGGAGAGAGCGCACCGAGAAAGAGAUCGAGGAAGAAGAACAGGAGGAUUGGACUGGGAAGAAAGCAGACAUUGCGAGUGCGUUAGGUGACGGAAGAGAGGGCCGUGACGAGGCCAGUCGGCCAGCGGUGGUCCUGGCUGCAGAGGAGUAA